AUGUCGCGCAAUGAAGCGGUGUCGCCGCUGCGCAUAAACAAGACGCCGACUGCCUCUCCCACAAAGGGCAGCGGCCGUCCUCUCUCAGAGAUUGGUUCUGCUGAGCACAGGAGGAACUCUCCCAGCUUCAACCAGACAACAAAAAGAGUAUUCUUGACCAAGGAGAGCUCGCCGUUCAACAACAGCCCGCGUUUGUUUUGGAAAGAGCAGACCGUGUCACCCAAGAACCGUUUCGACUCUGAGAACGAGUUCGAGCGCGAGACGUCCCCGGCACAGCUGUCGCCCAAGCGCAACUCCAUUGAGAACCUAAAGAAGCAGUCGCGUGUCAAGAACAGCAGCAUGUUCGAACGCGAACAGAUGAAUACGUACGACCCUACUGCAGUGCAUCCACUAGACCGUCCACUGGCCGCUGGGCGACCCCUCAACGCCUCCGUCCAAGGCAAUGCAUAUGGCGGUAACGGCCUCAACGGACUGCGCGAGUCCCGCGAGUCCUCGGUCAGCCCAACCAAAGGUCACCGCCGCACCGAGAGUGAGACCCGGAUACCCAUUCUCAGCCCCUCCAAGACUUCUCCGGCCAAGCUGCCCACACAAUCAUCGUUCGGAUCGCCGUCCAAGGAGAACAACUCACCGCAUGAAGGCCGCAUGUCGCCUACCAAGUCGUCUCUCGUCACCAACGGGCGCUUCAACUCGCCCAAGUACAACCAAGACUCCAGCAUGAUGUCCGACGACGAUGAGUACAAGCAACAGACCUCGCGCCCGCUGCGCCGCCAUGCUAAGAGUGUGACCUUCGAUACCGCUCCACCCAGAAUCACAGAAUUCGAGAUGGUCACUCCCGAUCCUUCGGUAACCUCCGUGUCGCGCGAAGGCAGCUACGAGUCCGAAGAGGAAGAAGAAGAAGACGUGAGCUUCGACCAGGAUGACAGCUUUGAUGCUUCCCUGGAGGAUACCGAGAAGACACCUGUUGUAUUGCCAGAGGAUUGGCGCCACAUGAGCCCCGAUGCCGCAAACACAUCGCUGACCGACCUCUACGAUGAUGUAUUCGAUCGCGACAACAGCCCUAUGCCAAACGCUCAUCCUAACGGUGCGAUGAACAGCUUCCGCCAUGGCUCUACCAACUCGGAUGGCGACACCAGGCCACUUCCGCCUCUUCCCGGUAUGUUGGCGCAAGAAGGGAGCCGACGACGAGACUCUAGCAUCGGCUUAUCCGCCGCUGCAGAGCGCGCCAGUGACUCGCGCCGGUCACUUCCUCAGCUCCCGCAAGCUGCUGGAAUCUCCAAAUCCGACCUCUUGAACAUGCGCGAGGGUUCCAUGUCACUGGAGGACAGGCUUCGGUUGAUGAACUUCGACGGCGAUCGCGAUGUCAGCACGCCAACGCAAGAGAGCCACGACAAGAAGGUCGAGGAUGGUGUGCAAGUGCAGGUUGAGGAACUCGAUGGGUUCACCGAGACUGAAACCGAGAUUGCAGUAGGCCAGCCUAGCGUUGUGCCGCGCAUCUCCCGCGAAUCUAUCCUCCGCCGGGUCAAGAGCCGCAACUUCGAAGAGGAAGAGGAUAGCUUCCACUACGACGCUGAGUCCAGCCCCGAGCGCAGCUACGGCGAUCUCGCCGACUUGGACCCUGAUGUCCCGAUCCCUUCACGCGAGUGCUCAUCCAACUUUGAUGAGCUUGCGCAUCAGAACGACAACGUUCCCGAGAGCGAGGCUGACAGCGUCAUCGAUGCAUACUCUUUUGCAGACAUGACUGAGGUCGAUGGGACCGAGAUGUCACUACUUGAGGACUACGAGCGUGAGAGCUCUGUAGUGCGUCACCCUGUUCAGCACCAGCCUCAAGAAGAAGAUGAAGUUAGCCAGUACUCUCCCGAUCCUGAGGAGCAGCCAACCACGCAUAGCACCAUUGACAGCUCUGGACCUCCUACGCCAACCGCUGUAUCUCCAGCUGCGGCAGAGAAGCAAGCCCGACAAGAGGAGAUGUACUCGUCUUUCGAUGGCGACAAGAUGGAUCUGAGUCUCGAUCCUCUGAAGGCGUCUUUUGCAACAGCACCCAGCCCGCUUGAUACUGCGCCCAAGAUGGAUGCAAUGCGCGAGUUCUUGCGCCGACCUGCCACACCGGAGACCAACGAGGAAGUCGACGCUCAGUCUGAACCAGGGACACCUGAUUCCGUGAUCCGACACCCUGUCGUCAUCUCACCACCUGCGCAUGAAGAAGAGCCAGAAGUGCCUCAGCGGGAGGCUACUAUCCGAGGUGGGAAGUUGAAGACCCGUCCAUCAUUGAUCCCAGAUGAGGUUGAUCUAGCCGUCGCGCGUCGACAGGUCAGUGGUGAACACGCGCCCCCUGUCCCAGUCAGGAGCCCUAAACGCCAGUCCUUGACCUUUGAGGUUGGUCAUGUGGAUGAUGAAGAUACGCAAAUGAGUAUCUCGAACAAGGAGAACCGCAUGCUUGAUAUCGACAUCGGUGAUGACUCGCACGAUCUCAGCUUCGGCUUGGACAAGGAGUUCAACCAUAUCAUCGAGGCACAGAAGUUCCCUGCCGAUAGUGCUGCUCGUCAAGAUGCAGCACCACAAAUGUCCGGUGUAGACUUUGUGUAUAGAGAUGGUCCCGCUAACAACUUCCGUCAACAGAAAGGAUACCUCAUGCGCGAGAACACAAAGGUAGUUGUGGCAAGCAGCCGUCAAUUCAGUGACGAGAAGCCAUCAGAGAGUGGAACUGCCGCUACCGGCCCACGUAAGACGAGCGCCGAGCGUAAACCAGCGUGGACUAAAGAGCCAUGGAAUGGUAAGCCACGUCGCAAGAGCAUUCGCACAACAUCUGGCCGCCGUGUUCCAACUGCUACCGGCCCUGUGCCUCCUCUUCCGGGCCAGGAGUCCGCUGUACAAGGCGGUCUGGACUCUGUUGCUGAGCAGGGUGAUGACGAUGAUUUUGAGGACGGCGAGGAGCGAGGGCGAGUCUUCGUCAAGGUCGUUGGUGUCAAGGACCUCGACCUUCCACUGCCAAAGACCGAGCGUACUCAUUUCCAGUUGACACUCGACAACGGACUGCAUUGUGUGACCACUUCUUGGUUGGAGCUUGGUCAGUCCGCGCCCAUCGGCCAGGAAUUCGAACUCGUCGUUUUGGACGACCUCGAGUUCCAGCUCACCCUUCAAACCAAGUUGGAGCCUCCUGCAGUCCCACAACUUGUGGCUGCGCCAGCCCGGACAGUCAACCACAAAAAGUCGCACUCCGCCUUCCGAAACCUCCUUUCUUCGCCCAAGAAGCGCAAGGAGCAGGAGCGCAAGGCACAAGAAGAGGCCGAUCGCAUCGCACUCCAGGAGCAGCAAGAAGCCCAGGCCGCCGCAAAGCGCAACCACCAGGCUACUGCGUGGGAUCUUCUGCACGACCUAGUCGGACCCGAUGGUUCUUUCGCACGUGCCUAUGUAUGCCUGAACAACCAUGAAAACCAAGCUUAUGGCCGCCCAUUGACUGUGGAUAUCCCCUGCUUUAACGAGUGGGCCGUUGACACCACUGGUGCAAGCAGCGUCAAGAGCAAGCGCGGAACGGUCGUUAGGCGCCCACCUUACCGCGUUGGCAAGCUUACCGUGCAGCUUCUGUAUGUCCCGAAGCCAAAGGGUGCCAAGGACGAAGAUAUGCCCAAGAGCAUGAAUGCUUGCAUUCGCGAGCUGAAGGAAGCCGAAGAGGUUAAGGAUAUCAAUUGGGAGGGAUGUCUAAGCCAGCAAGGUGGCGAUUGUCCUUACUGGCGUCGCCGCUUCUUCCGCCUCCAAGGUACAAAGCUGACUGCCUACCACGAGGCAACACGACAGCCACGAGCAACAAUCAACCUGGCCAAGGCAACCAAGCUAUUUGAUGACAAAGGCGCGUUGCAACAGCCAUCGUCUACCAAGACUGGUGGACGGCGCAAGUCUGGUUUUGCUGAGGAUGAAGAGGGCUACAUGUUCGUCGAGGAAGGUUUCCGCAUCCGCUUUGCAAACGGCGAGGUCAUUGACUUCUAUGCCGACACCCGCGAACAGAAAGAAGGGUGGAUGAAGGUCUUGGCCGAGACCGUUGGCCGCGACAUUACAGCGAAGAAGGGCUGGAUCUCCAUGAUUCUCGAGAAGGAGCGCAAAGAAAAGGCUGCACGAUCACAGGCUGGUGUUCCAGCACAACAAGCACGCCCCCUCCAAGAGAACAGCAACGCCAAUCGACCAACUCAUCAACGGACCCAGUCGCAUGAUGUCUUCGCCGCACCACAGAGCAAGUCCGUCCCCUCAAGUCCUGUGAAGGGACACUCGCGGACGCAAUCGAACGCACCCACUCCACCAGCGAAAGACCAUCGCAUGUCGCACGCGCCGCCACCACGGCCACGUGAAGCAAACAAGACAGGAUCGUCAGGACGCCGGGAGCAGGUUCGAUCGAUGAUUUUCUAA